AGUAAAACAGCUUAGGGAGAACAACGUCAGCUUGGGUAAGGUGUACAGCAUCAUCGGUAGUUUCUUUGGUUCCAUGGAAAAAAUCCCUUUCACGAAGCGUUCGUUGAAAACACUUUGUGGGAAGAUUAGUAGGGAACAGUCGGAGAGGGACGCUGUGAAAACAAUGGAUGUUUUCAGCAAGAUGCUGGAAGCUGAUCCUGAUUUCAAAUAUAGCGUCCAAGUGGACGACGAUUCUAGGAUUAAAACAUUGAUGUGGACAUUAGGUAGGAGCAUGGACCAGUACAUAUGUUUUGGUGAUGUCCUGACAUUUGACACGACGUAUAGAACAAACCUGUACGACAUGCCUUUCGGCCUUUUUGUUGGCGUCAAUAACCACUUCCAGAGCAUCAUACUUGGCGGCGUGCUAAUGCGUGACGAGAGGGUUGAAAGUUUCAAAUGGGUAUUCACUGAGUUCAUGAGGAUGAUAGGAGGGAAGGACCGUCAUCCGCAGACUAUACUGACAGAUCAGGCAAGGGCGAUGGAGUUGGCAAUAGCUGACGUAUUUCCCUGCACAACGCACAUGUGGUGCAAGUGGCAUGUGCUGAAGAAGGCGAAAGAAUCGCUUGGUGCCUUGUAUGAGAAACGAAGCGAGUUUUGGACUUUUGGACAUAUUUCCACCGCGUGGUGGACAUGAUUUGCCGCGAGGAGGACUUCGAGAAGAGUUGGACGGAUAUGAUCGGUAAGCACAGACUGGAGAAGCAACCGUACCUUACGCAGAUAUUCGAAGUUCGUCGCAAAUGGGCGAAACCAUAUUUUCGGGACGUGUUCUGUGCUAAGAUGUCGAGUACACAGUGCAGCGAGAGCGCGAACCAUGUGUUGAAAACGUACGUCCCGCCAGGCUGCCCCAUGCAUUUGUUUGUCGAACAAUACGAGAAGCUCCAGUUCGACCGAACAUCGGAGGAGUGCUACCAGGAGAAGAGGACAUCGUUGAGCGGCAUCGUCCUGAGGGCCAAUCUACCAAUCGAGAGGCAUGCCAGCACGGUGUACACGCGGACCAUGUUCGAGCAGUUCGGGCUGUCACUAUUCGAGUUAGGGAACUAUCUGCUACAGGAGGUAGAGGCGAGGAAGUUGUACCGAGUGAGUCACGUAAAUACAUCUUCCUGCGAGAGGUGGUGCCAGAGCGUGUUCAAUGUUAGUGUUAAUGAGGCUGAUGAGCAAUUUAAUUGCGAGUGCUGCUUCUUCCAGCACGCCGGGAUGCCGUGCAGCCAUCAACUUAAGGUUCUCAAUCAUUUGGCCUACAUGGAAAUACCGCGGAGCCUGAUCUUGAAACGCUGUACGCGUGACACCAGGGACAUCUUGCCUCCCCAUCUUAGGAUGUACCAACGAGACCAUGGAAGGCCACGUGCGGAGACAUACAGGCAUUCAAAUCUGUCGCUCACCGCGCUCGAGAUUGUGAAGAUGGGCGAUUGCGACGCCGAAGCCUACGAAAUGGCGAUGACCGAGAUGGUUAAGGUAAGGGCUAAACUGGAACCCUUGUGUGCGUUGAAAGAUGGGCUUGGUGUAGAGGCUCGUCAAACGAAUAGUGGAAGGGAUGGGCUUGGGCUGGGUGUUGAUAACACCCCAUCGGGCCCCUUGCGCAAUCGUGGUAUUGAUUUGCCGCCCAAACAUGGGACGGCUGGGGAGGCGACGCUGGAGAUGCCGUCGCGUAAGAUGCCACGCGGGCGACCAACCAACGCUAGGGUGAAGGCGCCUUACGAGAAGGUGUAUGAUACCAAUUGUGAAUCAUUAAUUGUUCCUAAAGUUGGGAUGGCAUUCAAGUCAGAAGAGGAAGCAUACGAGUUUUACAAUAAUUAUGCCGAAAAUUCAGUGCCAUACUUUGAGCAGAAGUGGCAAGAGUUGUUGAUUGAAUAUGACCUUGUGGAGAACUCAUGGAUACAAACGCUAUUUGGUUUGCGUGAGAAGUGGGCUGCUGUGUACCGCAAUGAUUCAUUUCAUGCCGACAUGACCUCAACUCAAAGGAGUGAAGAGCUCCCCUGCUCCCGCCCGCGCUUGCUCGUCGACCUCGACCUCUCCCGCAACGCGCUCGUCGGGGCCGUCCCUACCUGCCUCCCCGCCUCGCUCUCUGUCCUCUGCACCCUCAACCUCUCCGCCAACUCCCUCCGGCUCCCGCUCUCCCCGUCGCUCUCCUUCUAUGCGCGCCUCGUCGCCCUCCCUCGAAUUCUACCGCAAUGCGCUUUUCGGAGCGAUGCCACCGCGAAUCGUCGCUGA